AUGGACAACUUCAUUUCAUUUCCGUCUGACAUUGCAUCUCAACAAUCCAUUCAACAAGGAUUUCUUGAACGUUUUGGCUUUCCGGGAAUUACUGGAGUUGUGGAUGGAACCCAUGUUAAAAUUCAAGCACCAUCUGGAGAUCAAGAACCAUACCAUGUUAACCGCAAAGGUUAUCAUAGUAUUAAUGUUCAAGCUAUUUGUGAUAGCCAAGGUCUAUUUCUGAAUAUUGUUGCAGAUUGGCCUGGAAGUGCACACGAUUCCCGUAUUUUUUCAACCAGUGUAAUUGGAAUGGAGUUGGCUAAUGGUGUCAAAGCUGGAAUUAUCUUAGGUGAUAGUGGCUAUCCAUGCCAUAGUUAUUUAUUAACGCUUAUUCUUCAUCCUGUUUCUCCACAAAAAGUUAAAUACAACAUUGUCCACAGGAAAACAAGGUGUAUUAUAGAACGCACGUUUGGAAUUUUAAAACGAAGAUUUCACUGCCUUCAUGGCAAGCUAAGAAUGAAGCCAGUGAAAGUUUGUCGCAUUGUUGCUGCAUGCGCUGUUCUUCACAAUAUUGCAAUAAAGCAAUCUGAACAAUAUGAAUUACCAGACAAUGAAAUAAGUACAGAUAAUCAAGAUGACCAAGAUCAUGUUACUUGUAAUGAUGGUCAUGAUGGUCAGUUAUUUUGA